AUGUUGAAAUCCUCGUUGAGACCCAUACUAUGGCGAAGUAGAGGUCUUUCACUCCACGCAAGGCUAAGAGUGCCUUUAUUCUCAUACCCGCAGCUUGCCAAAAGGCAAUUUCAUGCCGCAACAAGCUUGUUUCAACAGUCCUACGACUCCAAAAAGUAUGAGCAGGAGCUCGAGAGACUAUUUACAAAUUUCGACGCCGAUCUACUAAAGAAACCCUCGCUGUACAAGCUCACGAUUAGUCUUCCCUCGGACCCUUUAAACGUCAAGUACAUUUCCCGGUUACACGCAAUGUACCAGAUAGUACUCCAGGAGUUUGAAGCGCGAUGCGACAAGUACGAAAAACUGAAGGACUACAAGAAUGUGUUGGACCCCGAUGAAUCGAUCAAGGAGAUUGCACAUACGUUUGCGGUGAACUUUUCAGACAAGCUGCCGUUGGAGAAAGAUGAGAUCAUGGAGGCUGUGAAAAAUUUUUACCUCCUCUCCAACCAGAUUGCAUACUUUGAUGAGAUGAAAGUGCAGGAUCCAAAGGUGCAGAACUUGAUAAAGAUCUUUAAUGACAAGCUUGUAGGCAACGAGCGGGUGGAUCUCGAAGAUGUGGCAAGAGAAACUGAACUCGACGUUGAUGUGGCAAAGUUGUGGUUUGACAUCUUUUCAAUGCUCAACUCGACAAAAAUCUCAAGUAAAGGAAGGAGAUCUUUUGAAUUAACUCCUCCGGACUAUGAGUUUUGCAAGAAAAUUGCAAAAUUGAGCGAGUCUGUAUUGAAGGAAACAAAAUCUGGACCUGCAUCUAUCGACAAAUCGGACAUAGCUGCAAAUUUCAAUAAAUUUUUUUACACAAGGAAAGAUGAAGGCAGAGUUCAAUCAAAGCAAGAAAGAGAUCAAUCAGAGCAAGAUAAAGGCAAAGACCAACCUGGCGAAGAGAAGGAUCAACCAAAGAAGGAUUCACCCAAAGGUCGUAAGCCGCGCAAGGAGACUGUGUUUGAGAUGCUGAUAGAUCCAAAGCAGGCUAUGCAGAUUGCGCUCUUUCUGCUUCUUGCCAUAGUUUUACUCACCUACGUCACAAACGACGAGAGCCACGAGAUUACGUUUCAAUCUUUUGUUGCCGAUUAUUUGAGCAAGAACAUGGUGUCCAAAGUGGUGGUUGUCAAUAACAAUGUUGCAUACGUCGAGCUCAACGACAAUGGGAUGCGUCAAACCCAUGCUAACAAGUUGUACUUCAACAUUGGAUCAGUAGAGACUUUUGAGCGCAAUUUGCGCGAGGCUCAGGACAAGUGCAACAUUGCGCCCCAAAUGAGAGUACCGGUUGUUUACACAACUCGUGGUAACACAACCAAGUUUUUAAUCAAUUUCUUGCCAACAAUCUUGUUUUUGGGUGCUAUUUAUUGGAUGACCAAAAAGGCCGCGUCGUCAAUGGGUGGAAUGGGUCCCAUGGGCUUUGGAAAAUCCACAGCUAAAAAGUUUAAUCAAGAAACAGAGGUUAAAACAAAGUUUAAGGAUGUGGCUGGAAUGGCUGAAGCCAAGCAAGAAGUUACUGAGUUUGUGAGUUUUUUAAAAAACCCUGAGAAAUAUGAAAAAUUGGGUGCCAAGAUUCCACGUGGUGCUAUUCUUUCUGGACCGCCAGGUACCGGUAAGACUCUUCUCGCCAAGGCAACCGCGGGAGAAGCAGGCGUCCCCUUCUUUUCGGUCUCGGGUUCAGAAUUUGUUGAAAUGUUUGUCGGUGUGGGUGCGUCUCGUGUGAGAGACUUGUUCAAGACCGCGAGAGAAAAUGCUCCUUCCAUUGUUUUUGUUGAUGAAAUUGAUGCUAUUGGUAAACAAAGAGCCAAGGGAAACGCGUCGAGCUCAAACGAUGAACGUGAGACGACUUUGAACCAGCUUUUGGUUGAAAUGGAUGGGUUUGACACCACCGACCACGUGGUUGUUUUGGCCGGUACCAACAGACCAGAUAUCCUCGACAAGGCCUUGUUGAGACCGGGUAGAUUCGACAGACACGUUCACAUUGAUAAUCCCGAAUUGCUAGGCAGAAAAGAGAUAUUUGAUGUUCAUUUGAGAAAGAUUACUUUGAAGAAGGACAUUGACCGCGACUUGUCGGGAAGAUUGGCGGCCUUGACCCCCGGAUUUUCCGGUGCCGACAUUGCCAAUGUGUGUAACGAGGCUGCACUCAUAGCUGCACGAUACAAUGCCACUUCAGUAACGUUGAGGCACUUUGAGUUGGCAAUUGAAAGAGUAAUUGGUGGCGUUGAGAAAAAAUCUAAAUUGCUCAAUCCUGAAGAGCAAAAGAUUGUUGCGUUCCACGAGGCAGGCCACGCCAUCUGUGGCUGGUUUUUGAGACAUGCACAUCCAUUGUUGAAAGUGUCCAUAAUUCCACGUGGACAAGGCACCUUGGGGUACGCCCAGUAUUUGCCACCUGACCAGUAUUUGAUGUCGGAUGCGCAAUUGAUUGAUAGAAUGAUUAUGACUUUAGGUGGAAGGGUUUCCGAGGAACUAAAUUUCGCCUCGGUGACCAGCGGCGCUCAUGACGAUUUCAAAAAAGUCACUGGAAUUGCUCAGUCCAUGGUCUUGAGGUUUGGAAUGUCGCCCGAGAUUGGAAUGAUGAAUUACUUUGACACGAGAUCUCAAGAUGAUUUGACGAAACCAUUCAGCGAGGAAACAAGCAGGAAAAUUGACGGUGAAGUACAAAGAAUCGUGACUGAAUGUUACAACAAGUGCAAGCAGUUGUUGACGGAAAAGGCCAAGGAGGUUGAUCUUGUUGCACAGGAAUUGUUGAAGAAGGAGUUUAUCACGAGAGAGGAUAUGAUUAGACUCUUGGGCAAGAGACCUUUCCCCGAGAACAAUGACGCGUUUGACAAGUAUCUUGACGGCAACGCUGCUUUUAAAGAUGAAAAACCUGCAGAUGAAAGGAAAGAUGGUGAGCAGAAAAACAAGGAAGAUGAGAAUUGA